AUGUCCAACGCCGAGAAAAGACCUAAGCGUCCCCACAAUGCCUCCACAGCCCAGAAGCCCUACAGUGCUGCCAAAGUGACAGAGCAGAAGAAGCAUAGAUCACGGCGAUCGGCAUUAGUGGCUGAUCCGGAACUCACCCACCUUCACUCCGUGGCUGAUACCUCACAUUUUCGCUCCCAGCCUCUGCAUGGGAUUUUGGUCUGCACAUGCACAGUGGGCGGACAAUCAGCUGAAAAUGACGACAAAGAAGGAUGA